CUAAAAUUGAAAAACUUGAGCGCAACGUACAACUCGCACUCUCCCACUGAAAUUACACUCCGCCUGUACGGUUGUACCCAGAGACCAAAAGAGGUUUUAACGAAAUCAAAACCCUUGCGGAGAGAGACUGAAGAGAGGAAGUCGAAGAUGGAGGGUGUUUCGUACCAGAGGUUCCCGAAGAUCAAAAUCCGCACGGUUAGGGACGACUUCAUGAAGUUCGAGCUGCGCGAAACCGACCCCAGUAUCGCCAACGCCCUCCGCCGCGUCAUGAUCGCCGAGGUCCCCACUAUCGCCAUCGAUUUGGUCGAAAUCGAGGUCAACUCCUCCGUCCUCAACGAUGAGUUCAUCGCCCACCGGCUGGGGCUUAUUCCCCUCACAAGCGAGCGCGCAAUGGCCAUGCGCUUCUCGCGCGACUGUGACGCCUGCGACGGAGACGGCCAGUGCGAGUACUGCUCCGUCGAGUUCCAUCUGCGCGCCAAAUGCAUCAACGACCAGACGCUUGAUGUUACCUCUAAGGACCUCUACAGCUCCGACCACACGGUUGUUCCAGUUGAUUUCUCUGAUUCCUCGUCCGGGGUUGAUAACGCUGAUAAUAGGGGAAUCAUCAUUGUUAAGCUACGCCGUGGUCAGGAGCUGAACUUACGAGCCAUAGCUCGGAAAGGAAUUGGCAAAGAUCAUGCAAAAUGGUCACCUGCUGCAACUGUCACUUUCAUGUAUGAGCCUGAGAUUUAUAUCAAUGAAGAGCUGAUGGAAACCUUAACACUGGAGGAGAAAAAGGAAUUUGUCGAAAGCAGCCCGACAAAAGUGUUCGAGAUUAAUCCCAACACCCAACAGGUUUAUGUUCAUGAUGCCGAGGCAUAUACGUAUGAUGAUGAGGUGCUGAAGAAAGCUGAGGCCAUGGGAAAACCAGGUCUGGUUGAAAUCCACGCAAAGGAAGAUAGCUUCAUUUUCACGGUUGAGACAACUGGCGCAAUCAAGGCAUCUCAGCUGUUGAUCAAUGCCAUAGAGGUAUUGAAGCAGAAAUUGGAUGCUGUCCGUUUAUCUGCUGACACAGUUGAAGCUGAUGAGCAGUUUGGGGAGUUGGGAGCUCACAUGCGUGGCGGUUGAUUUGUGUUUUUGGCAGUUUGCUCAUGCAUGUGAUGUUUUACUUUUUAACUUUAACUUGGUAUGAAAACUGAUCUUAUGUUCUGUAAGUUAGUGUUGGAGUUUAUGUUCCUUGCUGGACAUGCAAAGUCAACUGUAAGUGUUUCUGCAAAUGUGGGAGGAUGACUGGUUUUGAUAGUUCUGAAACUAGGUAAUGGCUAAACCUGGACUUUAAGAUGUCGAGAGGUUGCAUCAUAUUUUGUUUUGGACCAAAUGAAGAUCGUAUAUUAUUGUAGGUGGUGUCCAGGUUGUGCUUGAAAUUGUAGUUGUCCAGGUUGUGCUUGUGAUCAAAUUACAACUUGGGGUAACUUGCAAUGUCCUUUUAUCUUGCAAAAUUGGAAAAUCUCUUUUGAUGCAUUCUGGC